AUGAUGUUAACCUCUCGCUGGAAUCAGCAAACCAGCUCAGCGCGUCGUCCUGGUUCGCUUAGGGUUAACCCGGCUACACCGCCAAAAGUAUGUGCCAUGAAAGUUGCGGAGCCCCGGAAUACAUGGGGCCAAGCUCCUCCUCUGGUACUCCAUCAACAUAUUGGCGAAGCUGCUUGUGUUGCGCAGCCAUGUCAUCUGCCAACGCCUCUACGACGAUUAACUGCCGAACCAGCCAUCGCUCCAAGCUCCUCGUCGCCUAAGCCCGAGAACUAG